AUGAUUUUAGGAGUUUCUAUUAUAUUUGUGCAAUUUGGAGGAGAACUGGUAUAUUAGAAAUACUUCAAAAAGGAUAGGGAGUUUCAGAUGUAGACAGAAUAAUAGGUUGAAGAGAGAAAGAAUAAAUUUAGUGAAGAAGAUAAACUAAACGAAGAUAUCAAUAAAGAUAUUGCAAAGAACAAAAAAGGGGUGUUAGGUAGUUGGAGUGAAGCCAGAUAAAAGAGACUAGAAAAAAUAAAGCAAUCUAAGGAAAGACCAUCAGCUCCAUUACUUGAAGAAUUAAAGGAGAAACCUGGAUAUAAAGAAAUAAAAACGAGAAAGCUAGACACUGAAGAGUAGCAAUUGGUUGACCUGUUUGAUGAGGAGGUAGACUAUGCAGAGCACAAAGCUAGAGAACAUUAAAGACAGCUGCUUCAAAAGAGACCUCACCCAUCACUUAGUAGUAACAAUGAUAAAUCUGAUGAAGUUCAUUAUGAGCCAUAGAAAAAAAGACUAAAAAUCUUUAAUGCUAAGGAAUUUCAAUAAUAGCAUGAUCAUAUGUACCUUUAAAAUCUACCCUUAGCGGAUAUGUAUGAGAGAUCUUAUAUGCACAAAGAGAAUAUCUGCAAUGUCAUCGUAUCAAAUAAGUACGAGUACAUAUUCACAAUGUCUGUAGAUGGGUUCCUGAAGUUUUGGAAAAAGAUCUAAGGAGGCAUUGAAUUUGUAAAGACCUUUAGAGCACAUCUCGGAAAGAUCACUGGGUGCUCCUUAUCAAGCAAUGAGACUAGACUAGCCACAGUAUCUGGCAAGGACUGCUCUCUAAAGAUGUUUGAUGUAGUGAACUUUGAUCUCAUGCAUAUGAUUAAGCUUAAAUUUAUCCCUGACUGCUGUGAAUAUAAUGUUCCUAAGAUAUAUGUCGUAAAGGCAGAAACUGCUGAGGGAUAAGUCAUCAAAGUGAUAAAAGACAUUCAUUAUAGUCCUAUUAGAUCAAUGAAGUUUUGUCACGACUUGGAUAUUGUGAUAUCAACUGAUGAAAAUGGCAUAAUUGAGUACUGGGACCCAGAAACCUAUGAGCUAGUAAAGCAGAAGACGUGUGCUUUGAGUUUAGCUUUAAGUAGUGAUGAGCAGAGAAUAGCUAUUUAUUGCAAGAAUAGGCAGAUAAAGGUAUUUGAAAUAGGAAGUGGUAAAUUAAUUUUGACGAUUGAUGAAUCUCUUAACAAGUAUAUCGAAGACUAAUCAUCUAAUAAAUCAAAAUUAGAGCUCCUUUAUCUGGACAAAUUAGAUUUUGAAAGAAGGCUAGCUGUUGAAAAGGAUAUUGAUAAAUAAUGGGAAUAUAAGGCAAGAGAUCAUACUAAUUAAUUGAGUGUUCUACCCUCUAUUUAUUUCGAUGAAACUGAUACAUUCUUGUAUUUUGGCUCGCUUAUGGGAAUCAAAAUUUUCAAUGUUAAGUCUUAGAAGCUUGCUAGAAUAGUAGGCAAGGUUGAAAAUACUGAGAGAUUCCUUUAAAUAGGAUGUUAUCAAGGAAAGCCUACUAGAAUGAUGAAUAUUGUGGGGUAGGUUAAUUCUGGAUAUGGAGGUAAAUCUGCUUAGGAAAAGGAAAAGGAUCCCACUUUUGUUUGUUCUGCAUUCAAAAAAAAUAGAUUCUACUUAUUCACACAGAGAGAACCAGAGGAUGUUGAGACCUAGCCCUAGACUAGUGCUUAGUAGUCAUUGCCAAAUUAAGGCAUGAAUCAAGGAAGAGAUGUGUUCAAUGAGAAAGUUGGUAAAGAUGCAAUAGAUGAAGCUAAUGCAGCUGGUUCAUCCCGAGGAGGAAGCAAGUAACUACCAGAAAAGGUUAUUAUUUAUACAUCAUUUGGAGAGUUGCAUUGCUAGCUAUAUCCAAAUCAAUGUCCAAAGACUAUCGAAAACUUCACAUAAUUGGCUAAGACAGGCUAUUAUAAUAAUGUGAUUUUCCACAGAGUCAUUAAAAGCUUUAUGCUUCAGACAGGAGAUCCAGAUGGUGAUGGCACUGGAGGUGAAUCCAUUUGGGGAUAUGAAUUUGAAGAUGAGAUCUGUGAGGAGUUAAAUCAUAGUCAACCCUUCAUGCUCUCAAUGGCAAAUCAUGGUCCCAAUACUAAUGGCAGUUAAUUCUUUAUAACAGUAGUUCCUUGCCCUUGGUUAGAUGGAAAGCACACAGUAUUUGGCAGAGUUACAAGAGGAAUGGAUAUCGCUUAGUAGAUAGAACAAACAAGGACUGAUGAUAAAGACAAACCUCUCAUGGACAUCAAGAUUCAAACAGUAAAAGUCUUUGAUCCAACUCACCCUCUUAACGAUGCUCAAAAGUGA